GCGUCUCUUGUGUGAGAUAUUUCAGUUUGGGAAGGAUUAUCAGCGGUGUUGCAGUGAAAGUGUUGCAGCGGCAAAUAGUUAGACAGGGCAGAUACGUGGCCGUGGUCAGUGGCGUGUCCCGGGACCAGACUCUCUGCUCUUCUCCUCAGUCCUGCGAUAACCCGUCCACUCUUCUGCUCCUGCUGCUGCUGCUGCUCUGGGCCUUUUCCUAAACUUUAACUCUCAUUUCUUUACUCAUCGUGUGCUGCAGUCUGCUUGAUUGGAGGCUGAUCACUGCUGGACUUCAAGAUGUCUGUAGCGGGGUUGAGGAAACAGUUUUAUAAAGCCAGUCAGAUGGUGAGUGAGAAAGUGGGUGGUGCAGAAGGAACAAAACUCGAUGAGGAAUUCAAAGACUUGGAACGGAAAGUAGAUGUGACAAGUAAAGCAGUAGUAGAUGUCAUCUCAAAAACCUCGGAGUACCUUCAGCCCAAUCCAGCCUCCAGGGCCAAGCUGUCCAUGUUGAACACCGUGUCCAAGAUCCGUGGUCAGGUGAAGAACCCGGGGUACCCCCAGGCUGAGGGCUUGCUUGGGGAGUGCAUGACCAAAUACGGACGGGAGCUGGGAGAGGACACUAACUUUGGUGGAGCGCUGGUGGAUGUGGGAGAGGCCAUGAAGAGGCUGGCAGAGGUCAAAGACUCUCUCGACAUCGACGUCAAACAGAACUUUAUUGAUCCUUUACAAGGCCUGUGUGAUAAGGAUCUCCGAGAGAUACAGCACCAUCUUAAGAAGCUGGAGGGCAGGCGGCUCGACUACGACUACAAAAAGAAGCGCCUGGGGAAGAUCCCUGACGAGGAGAUCCAGCAGGCUUUGGAGAAGUUUCACGAGUCAAAGGAAGUGGCCCAGACGAGCAUGUACAACCUCCUGGAGACUGAUAUCGAGCAGGUGAGCCAGCUGUCCUCUCUGGUGGAGUCUCAGCUGCAGUACCACAGGGAGGCCGUGCAGGUGCUGGAGGAUCUUUACAGCAAGCUCCAGGACAGGGUGACAGAGGCUCAGUCGAGGCCCAGACGUGAAUACACUCCUAAACCUAAACCUGUGUAUGACUUUGGGGACAACAGUCAUUCAAAUGGAGGAUACACCUCUUCUAUGGCUGCACCACCUUCACGGAACUCAGAGGCGUCAUUGCACUUGGACAGAUUUUCUUUUCGGAAACCCAGAUUGUCUCCAGAACAGCCGAGCUGUAAAGCCCUUUACGACUUUGACCCAGAGAAUGAUGGUGAGCUGGGCUUUCGCGAAGGAGACAUUAUUAUUCUAACCAAUCAGAUCGACGAGAACUGGUAUGAGGGCAUGCUCAACGGCCAGUCAGGAUUCUUCCCACUCAACUAUGUGGAGGUGCUGGUUCCACUGCCCCAUUAGGGCUACGGUAGUUUAGAGUUUACAUAUGAUUUUCAACAUCAUCAUCCACCAGCACAGUUUUCAUCUGCUUUAUUACAAGUUUAAAGACUGAUGGCAAAUUAAAUGAACAAAGACUAUUAAAAGGAAGCGAUCUAUUGAGAUUGAACAUUUCGUAACACAUUUCUGCAAAUGUGCUCCACUGUCCAUAGUAUUUAGGAGUAAACCAGUCAGCAUUAAACAGUCAGAAUUAGACAGAAUCAUUUUUAAUACCGCUGAAGAGUACAUGGUUUGAGGGGCUCAAGUUCAGCUCUUAGUGACAUCUGCUGGCUUAUUUUAGAACAGCUUUUUUAAAGCUGAAAUCACAUUUCCUGUCAAAAUGCUCCUCCUCUCUUUGUUGUCUGUGUCUACGGUGUGCAGUUGAGGAUGAUGAUGCAUGAGAUGUUUUAGUGUUCAGUAUUGGAUCUGUGAUCUCCGCUUUGUUGUGGAACCGUUCUUCUUGGGGAAACGUAAUUUGCACCUUUGUCUAGAUGAGAUUGCUGAGUGUUUGAACGACUGACUCCACAUCGGCACCAAAGUAACACAAACCUUGCACCUUGGCAGAUGUCUGUUUGUUGUCUAGACUUUCACAUUAGACUGUAGUCUAUUCUUAUCUUUUUAAUAGAGCUGAGUGAGCCAAAAAGUUUGUAUGAAAUGUAAUCGCAAUUAAGUGUGCCUGUUUCAAACUCUAUACACAGCCGUAUUUCAUAUUUCUCUGCUCUGUCCUGAUCUUUUGACCUAACCUAUUUGGUCAGCUGACUUAUUGCUUGAAAAGACGAGCUCUGCAGGCAGCAGCUCUGUCUGAUUGUUGGCCUUUUGUCUGACUCAUUGAUUUAGAAAAAGUCAAACUGAGCAGUGUAGUUUCUGUAGAACAACAUUUGGCUUCUAGUUUAGGAUGCAAUCCCCAGUCCCUGCCUGUGUGUUUAAGAUGGGAAUGUCUGGAGUAAAAGGGAGAUACCCAGAGGCAACUCUUCCAGUCAGUCUUACCAAACAUGUCUUGUGCACUUUGAAGACAUUUUUGUCAGUGAGUCAUAGUGGGUCAAAUCCUUUACUGUGAUUUACAGUGGUUAAGUUCAGUUUGUGGCCACUGUUUUAACUGUUCCCAACACUCCACACCACCACCUGUGUAGUUGGCUCAUUGUCUCAUGUUUACAUCUGCUCAACAGUCAGUACUUUUACAAAGUUCAGGGAAAUGUGGGAGAACAGAGUGUGUUAAGCAUGCUUGUUUCUGUGCCUUCUGUGGAAAAGGAGAAAAUUGUAUUUUCACCAACAAACCAAAAUUUUAUAAUUAAUGGGCAGACAUUUCCUUUGACUUACACAUGGACUAGACAGAAUGCAUGUGUUUGUUUUCUCUGUACAUUUACUACACUACAGCCAUAGUCUAAGGUAUUUCUGUGUGAGAUUGAGCAGUAGAUUCUAAUCAGAGUUUAAUACAUGUAUUAAAUGUCCCUUUCUUUAAGGGUUGAAUAUAGGUGUUUCUCCAGUCUUAAGUGCUCUUUUGGCAUAGGCAAGUUGGCUCUAUAUAUAGUAUUAUUUUUUAUAUAAAUACCUUAAACCUCUCAAAUUAAUCUUUGCAUGUUGUCCAAUAUAAUACAUUUUAAAUGUGUCUUUUUACUUUUGUUAUGAGUACAAACUUUAACCACAAUACAUUGUUUAGUAUCUAGAUAUUUGUAGUUUGUCUUGUCUUUUCAUGCCCCUGUGCCCUACUUUAAAUAAAGAAAAAUACCUGUAA